AUAGUGAUGGAGGUGGUGUUAAGUUAGUGCUAGAGGUAGUACUGGACGUAACUGCAUGUAAUGCUAGAAGUGGUGUUAAAGGUAGUGCUAGAGGUAGUACUAGAGGUAGUGCUGGAGGCACUGCUGGAUAUAGUGUUAAAGGUGGUGCUAGAAGUAAGGCUUGAGGUAGUGCUAGAAGUGGUGUUAAAGGUAGUGCUAGAGGUAGUACUAGGGGUAGUGCUGGAGGUACUGCUGGAUAUAGUGUUAAAGGUGGUGCUAGAAGUAAGGCUUGAGGUAGUGCUGGAGAUAGUGCUAGCGGUAGUGCGUUUAGUAAAAACUAGUCUGGGUUGUCGAAAAAAAAAAAUAAAAAAAAUAAUCGAGACUUGCUUAUUUUCGUCACCGAGAAUGUUUUAUAACCAAAUUGGGUGUUUAAUAGAGGGUGGGCAUUUAUUGGAGGAUUUACGCGGGGCUAUAAAUCCGGAACUACGGUAGACGUCCGUUAUUUCGAAUGCCGCUUAAUUCGAACUUUCCGUUAUUUCGAACAAAUUGCUAAGUCCCUUGAGUUUGGUUUAAUAAAAUCUUAUAUUUUGAGCUGCUUAAUUCGAACUCCGAUAAUUCGAACAUUUCGAUAAUUCGAACAAUUUUUUAGUCCCAAGGCUACAUUAUGCUCGUUAAUUCGACCUUUUGUGUAUUGAUAAAUAAAAUCUUAUGGGGAAAUAAAAAAAAACGUUUUCUUUUUUUCCAUUUUUAUUGCAUCAAUGGUGGCAUCUUUCUUUCAAUUAUCGAUAAAAUUGACAUUUCCAAUAAAAUGAAGUUUACAAGGAAUUUGGAGACUUGCCCAUCUCGAAGCAAACAACGUUAAAAGAUUUUUAUAAAAACUUGUAGUAGAGUUGUAAUAAAGUUAUAUUAGCAUAACACCUUUAAACGUUUAUUAAAA